AUGCUGUCCAUGUCCACCGUCUCUGAGGACGGCUGCUCCUCUCUCGCCUCGCCGUGGGGCCUCGUGGAGCCCUACGACUUCCCCGACACCGGCCGCGGGCUGCGCUGCGUCCGCGCAGUCGCCGAGGGCGAGGAGCUGCUCGCGGUGCCGCUCGAGGAGUGCUGGCACGAGAUGGCGGCGCGGCGGGCGCCGGAGCUCGCGGCCCUCGCCGACGCCUCCCUCUCCGAGACGGACGCGAUCGCGCUGCACCUGCUGCUCGAGCGCGCAAAGGGCGACGGCUCGGAGCGCGCGGCGCACCUGCGCUCGAUGCCGCCGGUGUACGACUCGACCCUCUUCUGGUCCGAGGCCGAGCUCGCCCACCUCCGCGGCUCGGACUGGCUCGACCUUGCGCGCCGCUUCGCCGAGGAGCUCGAGGCCGACUGGGCGGCGCUGCAGUCGCAGCCGGCGGUGGCGGCGCUGCUCUCGCGGCACGGCUUGGGGAUCGAGGCGUAUCGCUGGGCGUACGCGACGGUCAAGUCGCGCGCGGCGGAGGUCGGGAUGGGCGACGAGAAGAAGCGCGUCGCCUCUCGCUCCGAGAUGCAGCCGCUCGCCAUGCGCCUCCUCGCCCCUCGCUUCGACAUGUUCAACCACUCGACCGCCGUCGCUCCGGGCUCAUCCCACGGCUACGACGAGGCGCGGCAGCAGCUCGUCGUCGUUGCCGCCGCGCCGUACGGGGCGGGCGAGCAGGCCUUCAUCUCUUACGGCGGCGCGAGCAACGGGUCGCUCCUCCUCGGCGGCGGCUUCGCGCUGCGGCGGAACCGGUUCGACGCCGUCGAGGCGCCCGACCAGGAGCAGCUGCGCGACGGCCCAAAGCCGUUUGUGACCCGGCAAUCCCGUCUGCGGCUAGACAUGCACUUGCUCACCGCCGCCAACCCGCUGCCGCCGGCGCUGCUCGCGUAUGUGCGGGCCGAGAGGCUCUCAAACCUCGAGCUCGCCGAGAUAGGGGGAGGGGCGGCGCACGAGACAGCGCCGCUGCCGGCCGAGGCGGCGGCGGCGCGGCGGCGCUGGCUGGCGACGGCGCUGCGCGCGGGCGAGAAGCGGAUCCUCGCCGCCUCCUUGGCGGCGCUCGACCCGCUGGCGGAGGCGAGCGAGGCUGGGGGGGGGGGGGGGGCGCGCGUGCGCGAGGUCGUGCGGCUCGCGGCGGCGCAGGCGCAGAGCUGCCGCACGGCCGAGGCGCGGAGCUGCCGCAAGGCCGGCGCGGCGUGGCGGCAGCUGAUAGGGAGGAGGCAGGCGUCGCUCGAGGCGGCGAGGCCGCGCGUGGUGGCCAUGUACGAGCGGAUCGAGGCGGGUUCGCUCGCGGGCGGCGACAAAGAGGGCGCCCUCCUCGCACAGACAUGCGCCGCCUUCUUCCUCCUGCUCGAGGGGAGAGACGCGCACCCGCUCGCGCACGCGACGGCCUAUCUCCCGGCCGCGUGCCCUCUGGGGGGAGGGGGAGGAGGCGAGGGCGGCGGGGAGGGCGGCGUGGCAGCGCUCGAGCCGGCGCUGCCGUCGCUUGAGCCGUCGCUGCUCCGUGACGCGGGGCUUCCGUACUUGUCGCUGUACAAGAGGAAGGUUGCGCUGUGGGGCGGCUACCUGCUCGCGCAGUGGGGCGUCGCCCGCGCCGUCGCUCUCGACGAGACCGCAACGAUGGCGCAGGAGGCGCGCGGACCGCGAGCAGAGAGCUCACCCGAGAUGGCCCGAGGUGGCCCGAGGUGGCCCGAGGCGGCCGACCUGCGGAACGCGCACGCCUGGUCCAUCCCCACGUCCGCGGCGCUGGCGGCGAUGUGCCGCCACUCUCCCCUCGUCGAGCUCGCCGCCGGAAACGGGCUGUGGGCAAAGGCGAGCGACGAGCCCCCCCUGCGCGCGUUAGUGAGAGGAGGCUGGCCAGUGGAGAGGAGCUCACUCGCCCCGCCGGCGGGGGCGCAGGCGCUACUCGAGCGCGGCGCCGACGUGCUCGCCUUCGACACGGAGGCGUGGCAGCUCUCCUUCGCGGCGGGCGGCGGGGCGGCGGGCGGCGGCGAAGGCACCGCAGCGGGAGAGGGCGCCCCGUUCACCGAGGGGGAGGCGCUGAUGGGGGCGCGGGAGGCUUGCGUCGAGCAGGGCGGGCCCGAGGCUGCCGCGGCGCAUCCCGACCGGGCGCUGGUGUUGAUGUGGCCCGACUAUGGCGGCCGAGGGAGCUACGGGCUGGCGUGCCUCCGCGCGUACCGCGGGGACCGGCUCCUCCUCGUCGGCGAGUGGCGCGGCGCGACCUUCGGCCGCCGCUCCGAGAGCGGCGAGUCCUUCUCGGCCGAGUUCCAGCGGGAGGUGGAGGCCGGAUUUGUGAGGGAGGAGCUGCACCGGCUGCCGACGUGGCCGGGCUCCCUCGACCACGUCGCUGUGUGGCGGCGCCGGCGGGCGUGA